AUGUCAUCUUCAUCAGAAGAUGAACAACCUAAAACCAAAGAAACCACACCUAAACCUGACGAUCCCCUUUUGAACCCAAGAAAUCCUUAUUAUCUCCACCCUGGAGAAAACCCAGGUGCUACCCUUGUCUCUCCUCCUCUAGAUGACAACAACUAUCACAACUGGAGCAAAUCGAUGCGUCGCGCAUUGACAUCAAAGAACAAAUUAUCUUUCAUCAAUGGUGCUUUACCAAGACCCUCAUCCAAGAACCCUGACUUUGAGCUUUGGGAUCAUGCCAAUAGUAUGGUUCUAUCAUGGAUUACACGCACUCUUUCUCCUCACAUUACUCAGAGCGCUAUAUGCUUUGAUUCUGCGUACGAUCUCUGGGAAGACCUCAAGGACCGCUUCAUGAAAGGCAACCAUUUUCGAUUCUCCGAUCUAUCACGUGAUCUACAUUCCAUUCAACAAGGAGAUCUUCGUACUUCACAGAUCUGA